AGUACAAAAUGUUGGUCAAAAAGCAAGACAACGGAAGAGGCCGUGACGUCGUCCCGCGCUUGGUGAGACCGUGAAAGAAAAGGGAGAGGGAGCAAAGAAGAAAAUAGCAGGGACCGGGGGUCGACUGGGAAGACGCGAGGCCCCCCCGAUCUACUUCUAUACGCCGAGGAGAGGGCCACUCGAAAGCGCCACCCAAGAGCCGCAUAGGUCGCGGCGCUGCAAGCGACGCCUCUGUGCGGGAGGAUUUACCAAGCUCGACGCUUCCUUGCUUUGGGACCACAAUCUCAGCAUGGCCGGUCCUACGAGUUGGCCAUACUUGAAGCUCGCAACCGCCGUCACCAUUCUUCUUUUUCUGUUCCAAGCCGGAAACGCCCAGAGCAACAUAGCGAAUUACGCUGGCCGUGUGCUAAACGACCUCUUCAAGCCGGAGAAGUAUGACAAGCAAGUGCGACCGGCAGGAACCAACGAGUCGACGGGUCCCGUGAUAGUCUUCACCAACAUGUACCUCCGUUCGAUAAACAACAUCGAUGACAAAAAUAUGGCGUUCAACGUGCAACUCACGUUUCGUCAGAAGUGGAAAGACGAGAGACUCAAGUUCAACGACCUGGGCGGUCAAAUAAAGUAUGUGAUUCUGGAGAACCCUCACAAGCUAUGGCUGCCGGACCCGUUCUUCUCGAACGAGAUCACCGGAUCCUUUCACAAUAUCAUGAAGCCGAAUGUACUGGUCAGGAUAUAUUCCGACGGAGGCGUGCUCUACAGCAUUAGGGUGUCGCUGAAGCUGUCCUGUCCCAUGAACCUGAUGAAUUUUCCGUUUGAUCGACAAACUUGUUCAAUUAUAACAACCAGCUAUGCCCACACCACAGAAGACAUAGUGUUCUUGUGGAGACAGAGUGAUCCUGUGCAAGUGACGAGGAAUCUGCACCUUCCAAAGUUCACUCUAACAAAGUUCCGGACAGGCGACUGUUCUUCAAAGACAAAUACAGGCGAGUACUCCUGUCUUCGACUGGACUUAUCGUUCGAACGGGAGCGAAACGGUUACAUGAUCAACAUAUACCUGCCGUGCAUCAUGUGUGUCCUGUUGUCCUGGGUCGCUCUCUGGAUCAGCAACAGGAACACGGCCGUGCGCGUGUUCGUGCCCCUGGUCGUGCUGCUGGUGAUGGCGAUGUUCAUAUCCAAGUUUAACCAAGACGAGCUCCCGCACACUUCGUACACGAAGGCCGUGGACACGUGGACGGGAGUCUGUCUGACUUUCGUCUUCCUCCUGCUCGUCUACGUCACAGCGGCCGACUACAUCGUCCGCGUGACUCGAGGAGGUCAGGAUGCGUCAGCUUCCCCGAGAGACGAGAGCAAGGUUGAGGAAGCGGGCAAGCCGGCUCCUGGAUCGGCCAAGACAUCCUUCUUGCAAACCCUGAGAGCGUGGUUGCAGCGACCGAGGUCCACGCCGGAUAAGAUGGACAUCGUUGCACGGAUCGCUUUUCCGCUGUGUUUCAUACUGUUCCUCAUCAUCUACUUCAGUGUACAUGCAAGUUCGAACGCUGACGAGUAACGCAGGUCUCUUUCGAGCUCGCGUGACCGUGUUCAGCCUUCUGAAAUGGCCUUCGCUCUCCCCUGCCGCGUAAACUAGUGCCAUACUGCCUCGAAACUUGACGAGAAUGCCACAAGAAAUGUUUUCUCACGCUGCCUGUAGGCCGGCGUCUAGAGGCGAGCAGAAAGAUAUUGAACUCUCUUUUAACGUAGCUGGUCGAAGUACCGUCCUCAUUAAGGACACGCAAGCCCUCUGUUUAUUCGAUGAUUGCACACACACACACACACACACACACACACACACACACACACACACACACACACACACACACACACACACACACACACACACGCACACGCACACGCACACGCACACGCACACGCACACGCACCACAAGCACUGUCAUGUGCGCCUCAGCAACCAGGUGUACAGUGAUUUAAACGCAAUAACGUGGUCGUACUUCAACGAUUUCCGCGUUUUCAGCCGUUUUUCACAAGAUGGCGAGGUCUUUCGUACCGUGUCAAAGUAACCAUGCACGCUAGAUCUUCGCUACGAACGUCUGUCGUGGUUUUGGUGGUCAAGAGAACGUGGUUUCGCUUUCUUGCCUCAAUGUGAAGUAUACAAUUAUUAUCUCUUGAAGAUGUGUUGCGCAUGCAAAAUGUCACAGGAAAUACUAAACGAGACGGACGUGUAGACUCGAUGUUGGGUGGAUGCACAUCUCAUAAUAGCAAUUUUGAUGGCGGAUGGCUUCAAGUCAAGUACACCCGUCGCGGUGGCUUACUGCAUAGUGUUGCGCUGCUAUAAGCACGAGGUCGCAGGAUCAAGUCCCAGCCACGGCGGCCGCAUGUCGAUGUCCCGUCCAUAGGGGGCGACAUUAAAAAAUCCCCUGUUGCUCAAAAUUUAUCCGGAGUCUGCCACUACGGCGCGCCUCAUAAUCAAAGCCUGGUUUUGGCUUGCAAAACCCAAGAAUUUGUUCAUUCAUUCAAGUCAAGUACAAUUACACAGACGCAGGAGUGUUGGCCUUUAACACUGAUGAGCGAGAUCCACUAAGAAAGGGUGUCCACCAAAUGCGGCCUUCCAUAGUUGCGCAUAGAAGAGGGCCAAAUGCCAGAAUACUCACGCGCACUGUGUAAUAGAUCUACUACGAGCGCUGUUUUAAAUGCCGUAUCGCUUUUAUUUGAGAGAUAGAUAGAUAAUAAUUUGUCUCGUGGAAGUGCCUUGAAUGUGCUUUGCAAUGAAUUCGUGUGCUUUCCGAAAAGCAGUGGCGAAUGCUACCCUGAACUGCGGUUCUGUUGCCCCAAAACGCCGCUAGCGAUUUGUACGCAGCGCUUUAAUGCAAAGAAGCUUCUUUUUCUUCCUGAGAACGUUCCCCCCCCCCCCCCCCCCCCCCCUCAAAAAGGCAAGCCUAGUCACUUAUCUUUGCCGGUGACAGAACAGAGUCCCGAGUGAGAGGUGGAUAAUAACGAAGUAACCCGCUUCCGCCCCUCGUUAUUUCGCUUGUCGACAAGAACAUAAAUUACACUGAAUAAGGACAGUUGCCAGAUGCCAGAACUGAGAGAUGUAGAUAAUUAGGAGCGACGAAUGUUCGUGUUCGUAAAGUACCCUUCUGCGUGAUUCUCCUCGCUCUAUUCGCAUGCGAUUUAGUAACUUCCGUAAAGACAGAACUAAGCAGAAGGUCUCAUCCACAAAGCAAAAACACGUGCACGCACCUCACAGUCUCUGGUCCUACUUUAGUAACUUCUGGCCUUUUAAGUUAUCCUGUCUGCUCUUUUCAUAUUUUGUGCGUGGAGUUGUGAUUAUGCUAUAACCUUUUCUGUAUAGUCAUGUCAUUAUUAUUAUUCUUUCUUUUUCUUUUUUGCAAGUGCAAAUGCAACCACUCUCUUUUGUAGACUGGUGUGUGAAAGAUAACACCCCCUCUCUCCCCUCAAAGCUUUCUUUACGACUCAGAACAUGUAUGUGUUUAAAGAUUGCUCAGAAAUGUCUAUUCAUGCGGACGUUAUUUGACGCUGUGUUGUUAUUGGAUCUGAGGUUGAAGUCAUGCAAUAAAAGAAGGAAAAGAAAGUUUA